CAAGCUGUCCCUGUCUCUGAUUUCGCUAUUAGCGAUAAAGCCCAUACUCUCCCGCCACAGCUCCUUCUAGCCCUAACGGCAACCAUCCCACCCGCUGGCUACUCGAUCUUUGCAAAUCCCACAACUCAGGCAAUCCAUAUCUUACUCUUUUUUUCCACUCUUCUACACCUAUCUCUUUCCAAAACCCUAGGGAAAACCUUAAAACUUCCAGCCAGAAUGAGCUACGCAGCCUUCAAGAUUAUGCACUGGGCCACAGGUAUCGAGAACUGUGCCUCCGGAUUCAUCACUUACUCCCCAGCGGAGUUAACUGCUCAAAUCCCGCCCAUCCAGGCCGUCGAUCUCGAUUCGGAGUGGCCAGCGAAGAGGGGGAUCGGUCCCGUACCUAAUGUCGUCGUUACCGCCGCCAACGUCCUCGAGCUCUACACUGUUAGGGUUCAAGAAGACGAUGGCAGAUCCUCACAGGUUUCCAGCGAGCCGCGGAACGGAACCGUCAUGGAUGGCCUCUCUGGUGCUCGCCUUGAACUUGCUUGCCAUUACAGAUUGCAUGGAAACAUUGAAUCAAUGGUGGUCUUAUCUUCCGGAGGAGACGAACGUAGCAGAAGGAGAGAUUCAAUUUUGUUGUCAUUCAAAGAUGCAAAGAUAACGGUGCUAGAAUUCGAUGAUUCAGCCCACGAAUUGCGCACUAGUUCCAUGCACUGUUUUGAGGGGCCAGAUUGGCAUUACUUGAAAAGAGGAAGAGAGUCAUUUUCAAGUGGUCCUACCAUGAAGGUUGAUCCUAUGGGCCGUUGUGCUGGUGCACUUGUGUACGGUCUUCAGAUGGUUAUUAUGACGGCUGCUCAGGCAGGACAAGGAUUAGCUGUAGAUGAUGAACCUUCAAAUAUAGGUGCAGGUGCUGCUGUUCGCAUUGAGUCUUCUUACAUAAUAAACUUACGAGAUUUAGACAUGAAGCAUGUGAAAGAUUUUACAUUUGUUCAUGGGUACAUAGAACCUGUCAUGGUUAUACUUCAGGAAAAGGAGCCCACAUGGGCUGGGCGUAUCACAUGGAAGCAUCACACGUGCAUGAUAUCAGCAUUAAGUAUUAGCACAACGUUGAAACAGCAUCCGCUAAUUUGGUCCGCUGCUAAUCUUCCGCAUGAUGCUUACAAGCUCCUUCCAGUGCCUUCUCCCAUUGGCGGCGUGCUGGUGAUUUGUGCUAAUAGCAUUCACUAUCAUAGUCAGUCAGUAUCUCGUUCACUUGGUCUUAACAGUUUCUCUGCUCAGCCGGAAAGCAGCAUGGACAUGCCAAAAUCAAAUUUCACUGUGGAGCUUGAUGCUGCAAAUGCCACAUGGUUGUCACAUGAUGUUGCUAUGUUUUCAUCAAAAACGGGAGAACUACUAAUUCUGACGUUGGUGAAUGAUGGAAGAGUUGUGCAACGGCUUGAUCUUAUAAAAUCUAAAGCUUCAGUGCUGACUUCAGCAAUUACAGGGGUUGGGUGUUCAUUCUUUUUCUUGGGCAGUCGUCUGGGAGACAGUCUUCUCAUACAAUAUAGUAGCGGAACUUCGUUAGCAAUGUCCAUACAUGCGAAUGAAGAAGUUAUGGAUGUUGACGGUGAUGUCCCACUGGCAAAAAAAUUAAGAAGGAUGUCAUCUGAUUCUCUGCAAGAUUUUUCUAGUUGCGAGGAGCUUUCGUUGUUUUCUACGACUCCAAAUAGCUCAGAAUCAACACAGAAGUUUUUCACAUUUGCAGUUAGGGAUUCCUUGAUUAAUGUGGGUCCAUUAAAGGAUUUUGCUUAUGGGUUGAGGAUAAAUGCUGAUUCGAAUGCUACUGGAAUUAGUAAACAGAGCAACUAUGAAUUGGUGUGCGCUUCUGGUCAUGGAAAGAAUGGGGCUAUUUGUGUGAUGCAAAAUUCGAUUCGACCUGACUUGAUAACUGAGUGGGUCGGGUGUGACAUGAGAUGCUGCCUACAAAAGUUUUAUGCGCCUGGUUCGCACGACUUUGCUACACUGCACAGGUUGCAUACCCCAAGGGAAGAAGAUUACAGAAGAGGUGAUGAGAAAGUGCAGAACUCUACAACUUUCUUAUAUUCCACUCGUCCCUUUGCCACAGUGAAGGAUUACAAAUCCUUUCUGCCAUGUGAGAAUCUUUCCAGGCCUGUGCUUCCACUUGAUCUUGACAAAGGGAAUUUGUUAGCUUCUUAG